AAAGUCUUUUGAUGAGAACCAGAGAGUGCAAGAAGACCCACCUGUUUCACAGGAUCACAUAGUACGGCGAUCUGCAAGACAUUCUAAGAAACAGACACAAGAUUCAGCUAAGACAAUAACAACAAGAAGUAAACGUGCUGAAAUGCAAGAGAAAGAAGUGCAAAGUGACAACAAAAUUGAUACAAGGAGAAAAAAAGGGAGAAAUAGCAAAUUAAAAAAGCCUGAGGCUAAUAUUGAUGAUAGUAUACAGACAGAUGAAAUCAAUGAUGCCAACCAGAUAGAUAUAGUGGAUGAUGGCAACCGGAUCGGUCAGGUGGAUGAUGGCAACCAGAAAGAUGAAGUGGAUGAUGGCAACGAGAAAGAUGGAGUGGAUGAUGGCAACAAGAUAGAUGGAGUGGAUGAUGGCAACCAGAUAGAUGGAGUGGAUUAUGGCAACCAGAUAGAUGGAGUGGAUGAUGGCAACCAGAUAGAUGGAGUGGAUGAUGGCAACCAGAUAGAUGGAGUGGAUGAUGGCAACCAGAUAGAUGGAGUGGAUGAUGGCAACCAGAUAGAUGGAGUGGAUUAUGGCAACCAGAUAGAUGGAGUGGAUUAUGGCAACCAGAUAGAUGGAGUGGAUUAUGGCAACCAGAUAGAUGGAGUGGAUGAUGGCAACCAGAUAGAUGGAGUGGGUGAUGGCAACCAGAUAGAUGGAGUGGAUGAUGGCAACCAGAUAGAUGGAGUGGAUGAUGGCAACCAGAUAGAUGGAGUGGAUGAUGGCAACCAGUUAGAUGGACAGGAUGACAGCAUGCAGACAGAUGAAGUUGAGGAUGAGGUCUUCCAGAUUGGUAGAAAUGAUGGAGAUGAGGAGACCACAGUCCAACAAAAAAAUACUAUGGUCACAUCAAUGGAGAUAAUUGAUGGAAUUGGCAAUGAUUAUGUGCAACCAGAGGAAUUGGAUGUAAACAAGUCCAUUGGAUCGAGAAAAAGAAAUUUGUCUUCUCUACCAGAGCCGACUGUAGUUCAUCUGUUAUCAACCAAGAAGAAAAAAACUCCUGUGAAGACACCACUUAAAUUGGAUACCAAUGAGCACCAUGUAGUAGAAUCAAGAAGAUUUUCAAGGCAAUUAAGAAGAGGGCCAGAAAUAAUCUCUGAUUCGUCAGCUUCAGAUGAUACAACAAGUGAUGUCCUUCCAAUGAAAAGAACAAGAUGUACAGCAAAUACAGAGAUGAAUCAACCUUCAGAUCAAGCUAUGCAAGUAGAGAAGCAGAUGGCAGAUUACAUGAAAUUAAUACAGGAACUCUGCACCAAAUACAGGCAAACAAAAUCGGAGAUUUGUACAGCUUUGUAUGUCUGCAAUGGGGAUUUCACAAUAGCAGAAAAGUAUCUUGAAAGUGGUCCUCAACCUGACAUUUGUAUGUGGUCAAACUCUCAAGAUAGGUUGCUACUGAGCUCAUCUCCUGGACAAGAUAUCUCAAGUAACUACAGCAGAACUGAAGCUAGUCACCGUCUACUUUGGUUGAAGUCAUAAAUCAAUUGAUUCAAACAGUAAAUUGAUUUCUUAUCAUAAUUGCAAAUGAAACUUCUCAUAAGGUUAAUACAUAGACCAAAGGCCUGGUCCCACUGGCCAACGGACACAAGCAUAUAACAGAUACAGCGGACAAAAUGGGUUAACAAUGAAAUUACAGUGGACGGAUGCUCGAUGGAUAUAGAUUAUGAAACAUAUGCAAAGAUUACAACAGAUACAUAACGUUUUCCAAUGGAUGGCAAGAUUCUUUUCCGUUUUUCAUCCUCUUUGCAUCCGUAAGUACAGUGGGACCAAGCCUUAAGACUAUGUUUGUCGUACAUUAGUCCAGGAUAGAAGAGGCAUAACCUUGUUUUUUUAUAUACAAUAUUUUUUGAUGGUUUCUUGUCAAUUCGAGGGUGCUGAUUCCGAAUCUGAAUGAUGCCACUCGUGUAACCUUGAGCAUUUUCCGCAAAUUGGCAAAAUCCAAUAUGGCCGCCAAAAUAUGCAAAUUACCCAUGAAAAUCCUAAAAUUGUCUACACAUUGGCUAUGAAAUGCAUGAAAUUGUGUGGCAGGAGUGAAAUAGUCUCUGAAAAAAUAACUUUUGACAAAAUAUUUAUUUUCCUGAUAUUCAAAAUGGCCUCCAAAGGCCCUCAUACUCUAUUAUGUACAAUAUGAAUAAGGAAAACUAAUUUUCAUAAAAAAUUAGCACAAAAGUGCAAAAAAUCGCGAUGUAUGAACAAAGUAAUAUACUGGGUAUGCAAAUCAUCAUUACUAAAGAGAUAUAUCAUUUAUUAUAUCAUAUAUGGAAACAUUUCUGUAUUUUGAUAUCUAAAAUAGCCGCCACUGGCCCAAACAGUAUUGCGUACAAUGGCAAUGGGGGCCAAUAAAUUCACAAGAGUGAUCACUAAAAUGCAUAUUAUUAAGAUUAAACGAGUGGAAUACUGACUAAAAACAUAAUUGUUAACGAAAUAUAUUAUUAAUAUGCCAUGUAUGUGAUGAAUGUUUUAUUUUGAUAUUCAAAAUGGCUGCCAAAGGCCCUAAAAGUAUUAUGCACAAUGAG